AUGGCACCAGUGAUCGAGUGGUUCAUUCUGCUGAAGCUGCUGCUUCUCUCUGAAGCUGUACUCGGUCGGACGAGAAAGCCUACUAGUUGUGCAAUCACAGAAGAGCCAGAGACCAACAGCACUCAUGUUGCCUGCAUAGCAUUUCCUUUCCCAUCAAGUUCCAAGGAUUGUGAGAUCCCCGUGAUGCAAGGAGUUGCACCGAGAACUGCAUUGGGAACGUGCAUUGAUGCAGGCUGGUGGUUCCAGUGCCCUUGUGAAAAGGGAUACCAAAGCUGCAUUGAUGAUGGCAAGAUUUUUGUGAACUCAGAAGUACAGAAGCGCACUGUUCCAUGUGUUGAAGAAAUUAUGAAAACUCUAGAAAAGAAGAGUGUUGAUUGGGCAACUACAACCUCAGGAAAUGCUUCUCCUUUGACUUCACCAGGGGCAACAUCGAAGGCAUCGACGAAGUCCAAUCACACCGCUACAACCGGAACAGCCUUCACCACUCAGUCAGCAACGCUAGCGGUCAACGAUGAAACCAUGGGAGCAACAACACUAGAGGAAGUAGGACCACAGAUAGGAACAAUGGUGUCAGAGAAACCCGAUGAAACUACAACUACAUACGGGCACGACGAGAGCACAGAUUACAUUUCCGAAGAACAUCAUCAUGAAGACAAUACCACGCAUAGGUAUCAUACUAUCGGACAUGUCGGUAUGUUUUACCACACACUACAACCAAAACACAUCCCGGCCAUGAUUGAAACACGGAAAAGAGCGGCUUUCCGCUUAUUGGUUCUCACCUCAACUAUGGUUAUCUUGUUGAUAUUCCAACUUGUCUUCAUCAGAAUAUUAAGAAUCGGUUAUCGAAAAGAAUACGAGUACUAUUUGCAAAGUCUCUCAAGUGAAUCGAAAAACGGUAAAGCACCAAAAACAUCGAAGGAUAAAGAAGCAUUGGAAAAUGGUACACCUAAUAAGGAUACAGCACGAACCUCGAAAUCACAAUACGACAGCAAGGCAACGCCUCCGGCUCCAUUCAGAUGGAAAACUCCUCCAAAAUCAGCAGCAUUUGAAGAUAACGUUGUUACUGAUCCCUAUGAAGACAGAGAGAAGGCAGGAGGAAAAACUCAGUCUAAAAAUAAAACAGUACGCAUGUAG